AUGCAAAACCAAGAAUCUAUCAGCUAUAUACGACAUAUUGGAUCACAAACAGAUUACCGUGAGGAAUCAACACAAACAGAUCCUUUUUCACCAAUUUAUACUAUUUCCGGUGGUGAACAUCCUGAAGUAUUUGCUUUAGCUGACUUCAUUUAUGGCAAAGGUUUACCAGUAACAUCACUUGAAAUUUCUUUUAUCGAACGAUUACGUGCACGUCGACAAUGGGAACAAGACCAUACGAUAGAUAUGACACGUACUAAAAUAGUUAUUGAACGAGAAAUACGUCAAUGGCAAAUACGUGAAAACGAAAUUAAAAUGUCACAAGAUACAUACCAUAAACUUUAUAAGAAAAAUCUUCAUACUUAUAUUAAAACCGAUAAAGAUCUAACACAAUAUUUAAUUGAUUUUUUCAUAUAUCGACGAGAAAAACAAUUGAAAUCACAAUAUACACGCAUUGAUGUUGAAGCAACUCGAGAUAUUCGUCGUAUUAAACGCAUGUAUCAAUUACGACAAGCUCAAAUAAAUGCAAUGACAAGUUACAAUCAUCUAGGAGCUAUUGGUAUGAGUCAACAUGGGAAUGGCUGUUAUACUUCACUGAAACCACCGUGGCAUAAACAAUCCAAUGAUAUAAUUACAAGUUUUAAAAAUACUACUUCUAAAAUUCAUACCCCUUGUUCUAAUUUGAAAUAUUUGAUUGAUCGACAUUUUCAUCAUAUUCAAAAAAGUUCAUUUAAUUUUGAAGAACAACUACCUCAAAAUGCUUUAGUCGUAAAAAUUGAAGAACUCGAUCGAUUAAUGACACUAGAAAACAACACUAAUAGGAAAAAAUUAUCCCAUCGUAUUCGUAAUCUAGAGAAAGCUUAUCAAUUAAUUCAACAAGACAAAAAUAAACAAUUAAUAAUAUCAGAAAGAAAACCUCUUCGAUUUGUAGAAAAAAUAGAAACAAUCCAUGAUGUUAAACAAUUAGAAAUGAAACCAAUAGAAACAGAAAGACAUGACCACCAUCGAAUAGUUAUAGUCAAAUUACAAAACUACUUACGUAAUGAAUUGAUAAAUGGUUUAAAACAAGGUCAAAUAUCAUCAAUUGAUAUUACUGAUGAUAAUUUUGUAUCAUCACGUAAUCAAAUAUAUGAUUAUCUUGAAGGUGCAACAAUAGCUGAUAUGUUAAACUUUUUAUCACAAGAUCUUCUCCGUCUACAAUGUGAACAAACUAUUCAUCUUUUUGUAUUACUUGCUGAUCGUUAUCGAUAUCAACGAGAAGCAACAGAAACUGCUUACCGUACGAUAUCGAUUGACAAACAAAAACUAGAAGAUCAUGCACUAGAACAAAUGUUUUCAUUACAGUCUGAUUCUGAUAUAAAAUCUUACAUAGAAGAUCUUAUUCUUGAAUCUAUUACACAUACUGCGAAUGAACAAGGAAAAUCAGAAAUAAGACAAAUCACUGAAACAUUAACCGAUUUAACAGAUCAAAUAAAUAAUACUAUAUCAAAUCAAUCAGAAAUUGAACUUAUUGUAUCUCAACUUGUUUAUCAAUUCUUAUUACCUAAAGUUCAACGAAUACUUACUAAAGAAAACAAUAGAAAUUUCUAUCGGCAUAUCAAAUUGCCCUCCAUCAAUAAAUAA